AUGAAUCAAUUCUCGGAAUUUUCUCCUCCAAAUCCUUCACCUUCUGUACCUUCUGUACCUUUUGUACCUUCUGCAUCUUCCGCACGUUCUGUGCUUCUUCCACUUCCUCCAGAUGUCUAUGAUUAUCAUGUUGGAUGGAUUUGUGAGUCCACAGGGGACUAUGGCGCCGUUUGCAAAAUCCUCGACGAAGAACAGCAGCUCGUAACAAUGCCUCUUAAACCAUCCGGCCGUACACCCUACAAGCUCGCGCGAAUCGAGAGACACAAUGUUGUGAUAAACAUCCCCCCAAGGGAUUCAACUACCGAAUCGCUUCCACUGAAUGUGGCCCGCGGAUUGAUUGCACAAUUUCCUUUGAUUCGCUUUUUUCUUAUGGUUGGGUCCGGCGGGGCUGCAAACAGCACUGGCGGCUCAAUUAAAAUAGGCGAUGUUGUUAUCGGCACCAAAGUCAUCCCAUGCAAUAUAACGGACAACAGAAAAAAGAGGAACCCAGAUGUUGAGAUACUACAGCUGCCCGGCUAUCUUUCCUCUACUCUUACUGUUCUAUUCCAUGAGAGGGAUUUCGACGGGUCCAGAUUGCAACAUACAAUGGACGAAGUCAUGACGCGGUUUCCGAGUCACAAUCGCCGGUAUGGAAGACCACGGGAUCCCCUCGUGAAUUUCGCACGAGGACGCGUUGGAUUCCAGCCAAACUCACCUCACCAUCGCCCGGAAUUUGAAAGCGAACACUCCCCUCCCAACCGGUCAAUCGAAGUCUUUCAGGGUACAGUCGCAUCCAUGACAGGAAGAAAGGAUGGGGAUAUCGUCGGAAUGCGGGAGCAGAAAAGUUUAACAGACGAUAUUCUGUGUGUUGAACAUGGGUCUGCUGAGAUUCUGGGGGCAGGCAUCAGCUGCUUACCUAUUUUAGGAAUCAAUCGUGAUACCCACAACCAAGGUAGUCAGCAUAGCGACUGGUCUCACUAUGCUGCGUUUGCCGCAGCCGUAUGCUCUAAGGAAGUGCUUGCCUCCAUCACUCCGGAAGUCGUGGCCCAAGCCCCGUCAACUAUGUCCUCGAAGGAUGUUGAAGUCAUGAUGAAAGAGAAUGUGAAAGUCAUGAAGCGGGUUAUACAGGAGGCCUGUCGUCUUAAUCAACCAGACCGACUAUUGCAGGCUGCACAGAUUGCAGAGAAGCGAAUCGAUGAACUCGAAGUCUGGAUGCGCAACCUGUCCGACUCCGUGCAGCAGCAUGCGAAUCAACAGCUUAUCGAUGUGCAAACUGAAAUGAAACUCAUCAGAGAGACCGAAGAAGUAAUGCGGAUAGAUAUGCAAAAUAUGGACACGCAGAUUGAGGAGUUAAAACAACACCCCUCGAACGCUGGAAUUCGAGAGGAGUUGACUUUUCUCCAGAAUACCGUGAGAGAGAAUUCUUCAAGGCUUGAAAUCUUAUCGAACCUCACAGAGGGGGCAGUCACAAUAGCUGUGGAUAUUUUAGAAAAGGUGGCCCAGGAUACCGGCAAUAAAGACGUCGAAUCAGCUAGACAAUGGCUAGCAUUUCUCACCCCCUACCGAGGAUUAUUGGACACGCUUGGGAACAGGAAGAACGUGAAAUCAACUGCAUCGGCCGACAAGACAGUGCCACAGGCUGUAAGUCAUGGCGAGGCUUCAUCUGGCCCAGAAAAAAGUUCGACACUGGGGAAAAACCUUAGAGACACAUUCAGGCAGAAAAUACCCCGCAAGAUUUGGACCAACAAACUAAGUACGCCGACUGGCUGUUGUGAUAUCACGGCCGAUAUGACGCAAAAUCGUCUAGACCCCAAAAAGCCCCUUCCAAAGAUCAAUAGGCCUGAUAUGCCGCCAUCCACCUCUUCCUCCCACACAGUACCACGCACGCAAUCUUCUCAUUUGCCAGAUUCGGUUACAAGCCGGACUAGUGUCAGUUCCUGGGGGGAAGAGGAAGACCCUUCACACUCGCCGAUCGAUUCCCGCGUUUCGUUAACUAGAUGCCACAUUGAUUCAGAAUUGGGACAUCCCCAUUUGAAUCGACCAAUUCCUGUAGCCCCCAGCCUGCCCCCCCGGACGCUCAGGCCAUCUGUUGGCUCCACAAAUGAAUCCAGAGUCGACAUUGAAAGACCUGCCGGUGUUAGGCAACUUACGGCCCCCAGCCUGCCCUCUCGGAUACCCAAGUCAUCUGUUGGCUCCACAAAUGAAUCCGGAGUCGACAUUGAAAGACCUGCCAGUGUUAGGCAACUUACGGCCCCCAGCCUGCCCCCUCGGACACUCAGGCCAUCUGUUGGCUCCACAAAUGAAUCCGGAGUCGACAUUGAAAGACAUGCCGGUAUUAGGCAACUUGCGGCCCCCAGCCUGCCCUCUCGGAUACCCAGGUCACCUGUUGGCUCCACAAAUGAAUCCGGAGUCGACAUUGAAAAACCUGCCAGUGUUAGGCAACUUACGGCCCAGUUUAAUCAAAGUGGCGGUCUGAUGGGACAUGUUGCACCUCAACAAGAACCGUCACACUGGCGAAGAGGCAAUCGUAACUCCUAG